UAAUACAAAAAAUAAUACUGCCCCAAAACUUAAGAAACAAAUUAAAAAUAUUGCAAAAAAGGUCAAUGUAAUUAAAAAAGUUGAAAUAGUUAAGAAAGAACCACAAAAAGUGAUUACUGCACCUGCUAAGGAGGUUAUUCCGCCUGAAAAAAUUGAAACUAAGAAAGACACUAAAGUUUUGAAAGAAAAAAAAUCCGAAACAAUUGUUAAAAAAGAUGAUUUGAAAUUGAAUCAUACUGAUACAAUUAUUAAGUCGGUACCUGAAAAGAAAGUUUCAACAACUGUUGCAAAAUUAAAAACUGUUAAACCUGCCAAAAUUUUGGAAAAUAAAAUACUUACGAAGAAAAAGAAAGUAUCUCCGGAUCAAGAUUCGGCUGGUGUUUCACAACCAAAAACGCCCAAACCAAAUACUAAAGAUAUGGUUGCGAACAUUGAAAAGAAGUCUGUUAAAACUGUGAAAACGCCAGAAAAUAUUAAUGAGGAAAUUUCUGCAAAUAAACCACCUGAAAUAAACUCUUCUUCUGUUAAUACAACAAAAUCUGAAACACCGACAAAAUUGGUUCAAGCAGCUAAUAAAUACUUAUCCCAAACAUUACCUGCAAAGAAAAAGACGAUAUAUAAGAAAAAAGCGGUCAAAAAUAUGUUAAACGAUCCUCUCAAGAUCGAUACCAAGGAUAUAAAAUCGUCAAAGGUAAAUGAAGACAAUUUUGUGCCUAUUAAGAAUAUCAAACAGGAACUUCCUGAUUUGAGCGAUUCGUCAGUCAAUUCUUUUCAACAAAAUAACAGUCAAUUUGAGUUGAAAAAACCAUUUAAAAAGCGUGAUUUUGAAAAAAUAGACACAAAACCAAAAAUAAUGGAUCCAGUAGUUGUGAAGAAAGAAAUUGAUGUCGGUAAUGAGUCCGAUGAUUUACCACUUUCCACCGUACAAUCUACUGUACUUGAAAAUAAAUUAAUCGACGAUCCAUUUGAAUUCAAAACAGAGGAAUCUGAUCUAGAAAAAAGUUCUAACUCAACCAUACAUAAAAGAUAUCGUAAAACAAAACUAAAAACACCCUUAAAAGCUAAUAACGUUCAUAAAGUGAAAUCUUCUAAGGUGGUAAUGCUAAAGAAACGUUUACUCAAAGGGGUAAAAAAGAAAAAAAUUCAACAUACAAGUAGUGAUUCAGAUCACCAAAAAUCACGUCGAAUGAAAUUGUAUAGCUUUUGGAACGGUCCAAAACGACACCGUGUUGCUUCAUUAAAUGCAAUUGCGAAAGUGCACUGUUUAUACGAAAAUGAAAGCCGUGGUGCUUUUCUUGAACUAUUGAAACCAAAACGUGCUCGAACACCAGAAAAACAAUCAAGUGAUUCAGAUCCGCCGUCACCACCUGUGCAAAGAACUUUACGAUCAGCACCAGGAAUGCGUGGGGUUGGUAAACAUUGGGAUAUGCAUACCAGUUCUUCCUCUGAAGAAAGUGUUAGUAGUGCUGAAAGUUCAAACGAAAAUUUAAGUAAAAUUAUUGAACCCCCACCGUCGUACAAACAGAAGCAACUAUUAAAAAAUAAAGAAAAACCUAAAAAAGUAUCCAAACCAGCUGCAUCAGCUACUAGUGCAUCUUCCACAACAGCAGCAAAACGUCGGAAUCGUACCGAGAUUGUAAUGGAUUUAAAAGACAUGGUUGUACGUAAGCGAAUGGCUAGUUUAAAUGCUACAGCAAUAUUAGCUGCAAGCUAUUCACCCGAGAAACGUUCUAAAUGUGGUUCAUCCGAUGAAACAGAAUCUUCCGAGGAGAGUGAUGAUAGUGACGAUGACGAUAGUAAUGUGAGCAAACAUAAACGUCGUCAUUAUGUUGAAAAAGAUAGUGACGAUAAUGAUCGUAAAGUGAUAUCGAAUAAGAAGAAAGUUUCUGUGAUUGUAAAUCAGGAUACAGAUGUUACCAUUACUGGUGUGUAUGUGAACAGUACAACGCGUUCCACACAUUUACAUGAAGGUUAUUGUAGUAUUGCUGGUAUGCAGUAUAGAAUAUCAGCGACAAGUCAUACACAAACUAAUGCUACAGCCGUAUCGACGGAAACAUUGCAAUUGCAUUCAGGAGCACCCAACAGUGAUCAGAGUACAGCAGGCGGUAGUAAUGGAUCUGAUCAACAAUCAUCCGGUGCACCUCCAAUGCAACCAUGUAAGUCAUACACACCGCUUGGAGCAUUGUCAAGCAUGCAACCGCCUGGUGUGCCACCACCUGCAUCCGCAACAGUUUCAGUUGGUGGCAGUGGUGUUGUAGUACAACCACCGGUACCGCCACCACCACCCCCGCUUGCACCGCCGGCAGCGUCAUUGUCACCAAUGUCAGCAGCAGCUACGGGUCGUGUACGACAUAGUUGUUCGAGCGCUUUCUCAGCACCUCCGUAUGGUCCUCCACCACCACAUACUCAUCAUCAUCUACAUCCUGCAACCAAGGUGGAACACCCACCCCCACAUGGAUAUAUACAUGGAUAUUAUCAACCAGCUGGUCCAUUGAUCAGUACACAUCACCCACAUUCGCAUGUGGCUCCACAACCUGGGCCAGUUUUAGGGCCAAUAUCAAGUGGUAAAAUAUCAGCACCAUUACCAUCAUUAGACACCACCCCCUCAUCGCCAUUAUCACAACAACCUCCAGCCCCCUCAUCUGCUGGCGAAUCAUCUGAUAAUGAUGUUAUUAUUACAGCCAGUCAAUCGACCAGCAGUGGCGGAGGAGAUACACCACAUAAUCCACAACCUCCAACGGCGGCUGCAUUUCGUUAUACGUCGUAUUCAGCUCCCGCAGGUGCUCCCCCACCUGGAUACUCCUAUGGUUUCCCACCGACACAAUAUUAUACAUCAGCCCAGUACGGACCAAGUGCACAUCAACCACAUUUCCAUCAUCAAGAUUUAUGUUACACGUCAUCAGCGCCAUAUCCACCUUACAUCCAUUCUAAAGCAUACCCUGCACCUUCUGGACCUUAUCAUAGACGUUAUAUAUCGGCGCCUCCACCACAAUAUUAUCCUCAAGAAGUAUACAGUUCUUCGCAAGGAGCACAACAAUCUACACAGGUAGUCACAGCUGUGUCUACGACGGGAUCGGCAGGACCGGGUGGGACGUUCCAACCACCACCUACGGGUCCUCCGCCACCUCCAACAUUAGUGGAGACAUACCAGCCACCUCCGACCGGUCCGGUUUCCAUAGUUGAGCCGUAUCCAGGUCCACCGCCACAUUACUUCGGUUACAGUACAUCAGUUGGACCACCGCCAGGUUGUUAUAGUCAUUCACCACCUACUAGAAGUUUAGCAUUUAUAGAUGCAUCAUAUCAAAGUUGUCCAUGUCCAAUGCAAUCGUGUCCAAAAAACGUCCAUACUGGACCUCUUACUGGUGAUGGUAAGAGGUCUAAUAUGACCGUCAUCGCCAAAGAAUCAACAGGGAUGCCCUUACCACCGGUGGCAUUAGCCCUUCCAUUAGAACCCGCAAGUGUUGUGGGGCCACCAAGUCCGGCUCGCGGUUCAGCCGGCAUGCCUCCACCACCUUCGCCAGCCGGUGCUACAUAUCAACCAGUAUCAACACCUAAACAAGAAGAUACAAAUAACAAUUGUCCAACACCUGAAAACAAACCAACAGUUACGAAUAAAACUCGAAGAAAAGCCCGUGUAGGAAAAGAUAUGGUUCGAAAUACAAUAGCCAGUAAUUUUACUUACCGACAAACUGAAAAUACUAUGUUACUUAUGUGUCAUAGUACCGACAGUACUGUUAAAAGAGAAGCUUUAAGUCCUGAAAAUGAGGUUAUUAUUAUAGAAAAAGAUAGUAAUGAAAACAGGCUCACACCAAUUGUAGAAGAUGAUGUACCAUUCACGAAAGGAUGCAUAAAACCACAAACAGCAAUUGUAUUACCUGAAAAAGUUGAAAAUAUUUGUACGGCAAGAGUAAAACCUCUUGAAGAAGACGAUUGUUCUAAACAUUCACCUGAUACUACCACUAUUGAAGAAGAUACUUCACAACCUAAAAUUGACGACGCAGAAUCCAAACUAGAAGACAGAUUGCCAGUUCCUAUCGAAAGUAAUGACACCCUAGAGGAUACUAAUGGAGUCACUUCUAAUUCUAAUUCAAAUUCGAAUUGUGAACAAGAGACGACGUCGACGACGACAAUUAAAGAAGAAACAAUUGACAAUAAUUGUCGUAGUAAAUCACCUACUGGUACAAAAAGAAAAUUAAAUGAUGAUGAAGAAAAUGAAAAUGAUGAAACAAUUCAAGUACAAAAGAAACAAAAAAGUAGUUAUAAAGAUUUAAUAAACAAAAAUCCUGGAACCAUACAAAUAAUAAAUGGUAAAAAGAAAUUGGUGUGUCAAGUAUCACCAAAUAGGAAUUUACAAAAAACAAAAAUUAUAGCGCGUAAACCACGACGAACCUCAUCACCAAAAAUUAUGAAAGUAGGAGUGAAACGGAAAAAAUCACAAGACGAUAUUGCGAAAAAGAAAUGCAAAACAAUUAAAUCCUUAACAACGGCCAGUAUGGAUAAAUCGAAUGAUAUUAAAAAUGUCAGUGAUGAAAAUUUAAUUCUCAAAGAGAAAAAUACAAUAAUAUGUGCAAAAUCUGUUGCUGAAUCAAAGACAGCAAAGAAAACAGCGCCGGCGCUUCUUGAUAGUUUAUUAUUAAAUAACAAUAACAAUAACAAUAACAAUAGUAGUAGUAUAGAUCAAACAAUUGAUAGUGUAAUAAGUAGUAUAUGCGCAGAAGAAACAAUAUUACCUACAAGCAUAUCAGAUGAAAAAUGUAUAGACGAAAAGAAAAAUACAAUUGUCGAAAAUGAUAAAAUUAGUGAGGAUAUUGUUCCUGAAAAAUUACCUACUGCAACCACAAAUAAACAUACGGGACGAAUAGUCACAAGAAGAAAAUCAAAAUUAACUAAAGCUAAAUCAAGAAACAACACCAAAAAGAAUGUAAAAGUUAUCAAACCUGUAGAAGUUGUGCCAAUGCCAAUUAUGAAAGUUCCUAGAAGAUCAAGUUUAACACCAAGAUGGUCGAAUGGAUGGUCAUGGGAAGGUGAACCAUAUCAAGCCAGAGUAUUUUUGAAUAGUGACGACACAGUUGUAACAAGAACAUGUUAUCCUGCAAUGCGACACAUUGAAGGUGAUGUAAUUUACCCUAGAGAUUGUGUUUUACUAAAGUCAGGACAACGGAAAAUUGAUUUACCUUUUGUGGCAAAGGUUGCUGCUCUUUGGGAAAAUCCAGAGGAUGGAGAAAUGAUGAUGUCUCUAUUUUGGUUUUAUCGACCUGAACAUACAGAACAAGGACGACUUCCUACAGACCAUCCAGAUGAAGUAUUUGCAUCAAGACAUAAGGAUACCAAUAGUGUAGCGUGUAUAGAAGACAAAUGUUAUGUCCUUACUUUUUUUGAAUAUUGUCGAUAUUAUAAAAGCGUUAGAUUAUUAGAAGAUGAUUCUGACGACCCUGAACAAAUUGUGCCUAUGCCAGAAUGUGGAACGUACCCACGGAAUAAUCGACAACCUCCCAAAAAUCAAACCACAUCACCUGACCUAGUCUUCUUCUGCAGCCGAGUUUAUGACUUCCGACAGAAAAGAGUAGUAAAAAAUCCAAAUUAAUCAAAAAACAAACAAACAAAAAGA